CCUAGAGUAGCUUUGGGGCGGGUCCAACAAGUGAGGACGCGUGCUUGAAUUUGAAUCCAGGCGAGAACUAACAACUUAUUAAGAUAUUAGUCAGCUAUUAUACCACAUCAGAGGCUGUGUACCGUAUUGUAACACGGUGUUUCUUAGUUUCCGGUGAAAUAAUCUGUACAUUUGAGUGUGUAACAUUAGCUAGUCUCGCUGUAACGUUUAAAUCGCUGCCCAGUGUAGGAGCUACAGGCAUCGCUUUUUGAGGAGAGAUCACUGCAAUGAAAGCGGGCGUGGUCCACUGCCGAUGUUCAAAAUGCUACUCGGUUCCGACACGGAAGCGGGUCCGUAAACGCACUCCAGCUCUUACCUUGCUGUCUCUACCUGAGGAGGUCCUCCUCUGUGUGUUCCAGUGCCUCUCUGCUGAGGACUUGCUGUCUGUCAGAGCUGUUCACUCCCAACUGCGGGACAUUGUUGACAACCACUCUAGUGUUUGGGCCAGGGUCAGUUUCAGGGACACCUGGCCAUCCCCCAACAGUUUAUGGCUGUUUGAAAGAGCUGCAGAGAAAGGGAACUUUGAAGCUGCUGUGAAGCUAGGGAUUGCUUAUUUGUACAAUGAAGGACCCUUGUUGAGUGAUGAGGGCCGGGCUGAUGUAUGUGGUCGCAAGGCCUCCCACUUUUUCAGCCUGGCAGAGAGUCUGCGUGCUGCUGCGGCGAAUCCCUUCAUCUGGGUGUUCAUCCGUCCACCGUGGUCGCCAUCUGGCAGCUGCUGCAAGGCCGUGGUGUUCGAACACCUCAAGGCAGAGUGUGACAGCAAUGUGGAGAAGAGAGGGCCUUUGUUGUACUGUUUGGCAAGAGUUUUGCAGCUGUUUGACGACGACGAAAAACGCUCCGACGCCAUAUCCAUGCUGGAGCAGUCGUCGCAGGCAGGGUGUCUACAGAGCUCCUACCUGCUGUGGGAGCACAACCGGAAGGCAGCUAUGGCAGAUCCAGGCAGGUACCUCCAGUGUGUCCGGACCCUCAGGGACUACGCCGGCAAAGGAUGCUGGGAGGCACAGCUCUCCCUGGCCAAAGUGUGCAGUAGUGGGAAUCCGCUGGGUUUGGAGUCCAAAGCCUGCUCUGACUUGGUGUCUCAGCUCUUCAGUUCCUCUAACCCAGCAUCACGACACUGCACUCAGGGCAUCCUCAGACGAGGCAUUAAGGACACCAUGAGGUACAUCCUGGUGGACUGGCUUGUGGAGGUGACCACCAUGAAGGAUUUCUCCAGCCUGACGCUGCAUGUGACAGUGGGCUGUGUGGACCGCUACCUGGCACUGCGGUCAGUCCCCAAGGCUCGUCUCCAGUUACUGGGAAUCGCCUGCAUGGUGAUUUGUACACGCUACAUUAGUAAAGAAAUCCUGACCAUACGCGAAGCUGUCUGGCUCACAGACAACACGUACAAAUAUGAAGACCUAGUUCGAAUGAUGGGAGAGGUUGUAUCUGUGCUGGAGGGAAAGAUCAGGAGCCCCACGCUGCUGGACUACGGGGAGGUGCUGCUUUCUCUGCUCCCUCUGGAGAGGCGGACCACUCACCUGUUCAGCUACAUCUGUGAGCUGUCGCUGCUCUACUCUGCUCUCGCCACACCACCAACUGCCAAACUGGCCUGUGCUGCACUACUGCUUGCACGAGCACUACAUCACUAUGCCCCCCUUUGGCCCAGCCAGUUAGUCGACUACACAGGCUUCUCCAAGCAAGACCUGGUCUCCCUUUCUGUGCUGCUCUAUGUCAAGUGUUUCAGCCAAGAUGUUCCCAAAGAUUACAGGCAUGUGUCUCUUACUGGUGUUAAACAACGGUUUGAAGAUGAUACCUACCAGCAGAUCGGCAAAGAAAAGGUGAUGGACUUUAAAGAGCUGUGUCAGAUCCUGGAGAUUCCUGAGGUGGAGCCUCAGAUGGAGCCUCCCAGUCCCACUGGUCAACCAGCAGACAUCCACACUUUCCUUGCGUCUCCAUCCAGCACUAACAAGAGGAGACGUGAUGACUCCAUGCAGUCCCACAGAGCGAGCUUUGUGGCCACACCCACCGCAGAGCUGUCCAAUCAGGAGGAAGCGUUGCUGGGCGACAUCCUGGACUGGAGCCUGGACACUUCCUGUUCUGGUUAUGAGGGCGACCGAGAGGAGGAGAGCGAGGGAGAGAAAGACGGCGAUUCUUCUAUGAUAUCCUUAAAACUGGACUCGGUGACAGAAGACAAAAGACUGGAGCACUGCAGAGCCAUGUCCAGUGAUGAAGACAGCUUCUGUGAAGCAGAAAGUGAGGUGAGCAAGAAUCACCUUGGCGGGGAACCUCUUUCCGUCUCUUCAGGAUACUCCUCUGUGCAGAGUGCUAGCCCCUCAUCUACAUGCUCCUCCUCUUCCCCCUCCCUCCUCAUGCCUUGCACAUUCAAGACUUUUACCACGUCCCUCGGCACAGCCUCGGCCAGUGCUCAGCCAGGCUUCCGCCUUUUGGUGCCCAUGCAGAGGCCUCGCAGCACCUCCAGCAAACAAGUAAAGAGGAAGAACUCGGCAGCUCAUAGCGGAGGCGAAAUGGAAAGAGAAAAAGAGGAAGGCGAAGGAGAUGAGCAUAUUGUCAAUGCAGGGUUCUUGAGCUUAUAGGCAGUGGUGGUUCGACAGGCCUCAGACUGUCCAUAGACCACCUACUCAUGUAUUGUCCUCCAGCACUUUGUUCGCCGCUGUUCCUCACUCCUGUCAGUCUGCACUGGUCCAUCAAUUGCCAAAAGAUCAAGAGACAUUGCGUUGAAGUGCAAGUGUGGUAAACUAAAUAUAUAAAAAUGAAUUACCUAGAAGCUUAUCUUUGUAUUAUGUCACAUUUCACUCACAUGUUUUCAGGCGUGGCACAAAACAUACCUCCCAUUUUUUUUAAAAAAAAGAUGCUCAGUCAGCUCUGAAACCACUGGAACAUGACUUGACUUUCCUCAGGACCCUGGUACAACUCCUGUUGUUUUACAGCCUUCUACAACAGCCUCUCUCAAAUGAUGUUAGGUAGUUGUAGAAAAAAAAUGAAACCUUGUGGACUUUUUUUUUUUUUUUUGGAAGAAAAACAAUAGUUUUCAUUGUUAAGAUCAUAUCUUGGAAAAGCCUUAAACAUAGCUGUCAUGUUACUGUGAUUGUGUUGCUUAUUAUAGUUUCUGAUACGCACUGUCCAUACAAGAAUCUGUCUUGUAUUUGGUGAAUGUCAUCGAUGGGGUGAAUGCUGUCAUCUAGCUGAAAUGUCUGCAUUUUAAGCCUAAAAAAUAUGAUUGUAUGAAUUCCUCUUGUUCAGUUUUGUCCUUAGUUCUGUGUGUGUUUGCCAAAGGUACUGUGGCCGUGUCAUUUGUAUUUUCAAGGGCAUGUAUUUCAAGAGAAACAGCUGUGAAAUGAGUCUUUUAGUAGUCUGAAUCUUCGAAUCUUCUUCUGAAUCGUCUUGUACAUUUACCGUACACCAGUUGUGCUGUUGAUAAUAUUGUAUAAGACUGACAGCACGCUGAUCCCAUCAGGAACAGCAGACAGUUGUUAAGAUGUUGACUGUUGAGAUAUUUACACACUAUAUGUUCAGUAAUGCGUGCUGAUAAUGUAACGAGUCACCAGCUGGAUGAGUGUUGUACGAACCCGAGCUCAUCAUCUGGAUGUUUCGCGUUGCGCAGUCAUUAGCUAGUCCGCUCAAAUACAAUGAGGCAUCUACUGCAGCAUGCUCAGAAAGUGUACUUUACUCCCCAUUUCCUCCCAUCUUAAGUAGGUUUAGCACUUUUAUCAUCCUAGAAGGAGAACAAUUCAGUGAAAUCAAACCUUUUUCACGCUUGAACAAUCAGUGCUAAAAUAUUUAUGACUGGAUUUGCUUUGCCUUCUUAGAACAAAAGGGAAGUUCAGACACUAAAGGAAAAUUAUUACUUGACGGGGUUUUGAAAGUACUCUGUGCUUCAUUCAGUACACAAUGUUAAAUUGUUACUUCAGACUGGUUAUCUCCUGUGUUUUUAUAAAUGUACAUAGUACCAUAUGUAUAAAUGAGGAAAGACAGAAAAUGUCACUACUUGAAAUUGUUUUUGCUCAUUCCAAAAAAGUCAGUUUUCUUUGUGAAACCUGUUUUUCUGCAGUACAGUGUUUUCCCAACAGACCCGUGAUGUGAAUAUGUAUGUAUUUUUGUAUCAGUUUUCAAUAAAACAAGCCAUCGUACAA